AUGCUUCCAGUGUGUAUAGGGAACUUUUCCACAUCUCUUAUAAGAUUUUACGCCAACAGUUGCAAGAUCAAAGGGCGAAUUCCAAAUGAUUUUGGGAACUUAAGCAGCUUAUUAGACCUUGAUCUUUCUGCAAACAGCUUGGCUAGAUCAAUUCCCACAACAAUUGGCAACUUGAGAAACCUUCAGCGCUUCGACUUUAGUAACAACAAACUUACAGGAUUUAUUGGAGAUCAUAUAUGUAAAUUGCAGCAUUUGGGUGAUAUUUACUUGGGUCAAAAUCAACUUUCAGGAUCUCUUCCUAAUUGUUUAGGGAAUAUUACUUCCCUUAGGGAGAUACAUCUGGGUUCCAAUAAAUUGAGUUCCAAUAUACCACCAAGCUUAGGGAACCUUCAUGAUCUAGUAGUUCUUGACUUAUCGUCAAACAACAUGGUAGGGUCUUUAGGUCCAGAAUUUGGAAAUCUAAAGGUUGCGACAUUGAUAGAUUUGUCAGUGAAUCAAUUCUCAAAUGAAAUUCCAAGAGAAAUUGGAGGAUUGCCAACUCUGGUGCACCUUUCUUUGAAACAUAACAAAUUGCAAGGAUGUAUACCUAACUCAGAGAGCAACAUGGUAGGUUUGGAAUUCCUAGACCUUUCUAACAAUAAUAUAUCAGGAAUCAUUCCUAUGUCUUUGGAGAAACUUCAAAACCUGAAACAUUUCAAUGUUUCUGUCAACAAGUUGUAUGGUGAAAUACCCUUGAGGGGUCCUUUCAAGAACCUCUCGAGUCAGUUUUUCAACUACAAUCAAGCAUUGUGUGGUUCUUCAAGGUUUAGUAUCCCUCCAUGCCCCACUUCAACAAAGCACAGAUUAAAUAAGAAAAGAUUGCUUGUUUUAUUUCUUUUGCUGGGAAUAAUACUUCUAUUUGCUCUUAUCACCUCAGUGUGUGUAUGGAUAAGGUACAGAAUACGUAAAAGAGCUCCUCAACAAGCUGAUUCAUUGUCUGCCAUAAUAAGAGAAAAAAUUUCAUACUAUGAAUUGCUCCAAGCAACUGAUGCGCUUAGCGAGAGUAAUGUGAUUAGUUCCGGAAUUAAAGUGUUCAAUCUGCAAGUGGAUGAGGCAUUCAGGAGCUUUGAUACAGAAUGUGAAGUGCUGCGCAACGUUCGCCAUAGGAAUCUCGUAAAAGUCAUUACUAGUUGUUCCAACCUUGAUUUUAAGGAUUUAGUGCUCGAUUAUAUGCCAAAUGGAAAAAAACUAGUUAUACCUCAGACCAACGUUAAUGCUCAAGAGAACGAAGUCAAUCCCACUCAUGGGAUGAGGACACAUAACAGAGCUCAUACUCUAGAACCUGUCCCUACUCUGGGAGUCCCUCCAGUCCCAACCAGUCUACCUAGGGCUCCUCGGACUAAUGUUAACCAUCCCCUGACUACUCAGAGGGAUAUUUCUAAUGCAGAAUUCAGUAUGAGGGCCCAAAUGAGGAAGUUUGCUUCUGCCCUUUUAGAUGACCUGGUGCUUGAAUGUAAAGGGGCAAUGCUAAACUGGGAAUUGGACUUUGCUAGUCUGACAGUCGACAUACAACAGGUUGAGGAGAAGAAGAAGAAGAUAGCUGAGUCCAAAGAGAAGGACAAGAAGGAAAAAAGAGCCAGAUCAACGGAUCGGAACCCCAGUCAACAGCAGGGUGGUAAUUGGGGUAAGAAAUAG